AUGUCCUUUGGAAACAUGGAGGACACACGAAGGGGCGUAUUAAUAUCGGGCUUGGACAUGCCUGGCAACGCCAGCUACCCAAGUGACAUCCUUACAUCCAGUUUUGAAACCAGCGAUGUGGCUUUCCAAAACAUGUCACAGAAAGCGUCCUUUUUCAAAGUCUGCCUCUUCCGACUACAACGGUAUCUUGUCGGAGCCAAGCUGGCCGGAGCCCCGGUGAUCCGCAGUGAAACACCCCCGGUGAUCCGCAGUGAAACACCCCCGGUGAUCCGCAGUGAAACACCCCCGGUGAUCCGCAGUGAAACACCCCCGGUGAUCCGCAGUGAAACACCCCCGGUGAUCCGCAGUGAAACACCCCCGGUGAUCCGCAGUGAAACACCCCCGGUGAUCCGCAGUGAAACACCCCCGGUGAUCCGCAGUGAAACACCCCCGGUGAUCCGCAGUGAAACACCCCCGGUGAUCCGCAGUGAAACACCCCCGGUGAUCCGCAGUGAAACACCCCCGGUGAUCCGCAGUGAAACACCCCCGGUGAUCCGCAGUGAAACACCCCCGGUGAUCCGCAGUGAAACACCCCCGGUGAUCCGCAGUGAAACACCCCCGGUGAUCCGCAGUGAAACACCCCCGGUGAUCCGCAGUGAAACACCCCCGGUGAUCCGCAGUGAAACACCCCCGGUGAUCCGCAGUGAAACACCCCCGGUGAUCCGCAGUGAAACACCCCCGGUGAUCCGCAGUGAAACACCCCCGGUGAUCCGCAGUGAAACACCCCCGGUGAUCCGCAGUGAAACACCCCCGGUGAUCCGCAGUGAAACACCCCCGGUGAUCCGCAGUGAAACACCCCCGGUGAUCCGCAGUGAAACACCCCCGGUGAUCCGCAGUGAAACACCCCCGGUGAUCCGCAGUGAAACACCCCCGGUGAUCCGCAGUGAAACACCCCCGGUGAUCCGCAGUGAAACACCCCCGGUGAUCCGCAGUGAAACACCCCCGGUGAUCCGCAGUGAAACACCCCCGGUGAUCCGCAGUGAAACACCCCCGGUGAUCCGCAGUGAAACACCCCCGGUGAUCCGCAGUGAAACACCCCCGGUGAUCCGCAGUGAAACACCCCCGUUAAUCACACCCCCGCUGAUCCACAGUGAAACCUUCCUGGUGAUCUGCAGUGAAACACCCCCAGUAAUCCCCAGUGAAACACCCUCGAUGAUCCGCAGUGAAACACCCCUGGUGAUCUGCAGUGAAACACCCCCGGUGAUCCCCAGUGAAACACCCCCGGUCAUCUCCAGUGAAACACCCUCGAUGAUCCGCAGGGAAACACCCCCAAUGAUCCGCAGUGAAACACCCCCGGUGAUUCCCAGUUAA